GUCCUGUUCUGGUUCUGUUGUUGUGAUUUGUGAUUGUAUUUAUGUGCGGGAAACAAUUAUUGUAGAGUUUUUGUGUAGCGUCUGUUUGAAAAUUAUAUUCAAGGUUUUCGUAAAAAUGGACUAAAAGAACUUCGUAAACAUGAACUUUUCACCAUUCGGGGGGCAUUUCCCUUCAUCGGUACCUGUCUCAGUGCAUCAGUUCAGCCCGCCUAAAUACACACAUGAGACCAAUAGCUCAAUGAAUGGUAUAACCACAAGUACCCAGAACACAUCAGUGAUGACUGAGGAGCCAAUGGUGAAUUCCACCAGCAGGUACAAUCAUUACGAGCAGCAUUCCAUUCCAGUUAAAUACCAGAGGGAUAGUAGCACUCAAAUUGAUAACGGAAUGGUCACAGUAUCAGAAUCGAGCCCUGUUCCCCACCAGAAUGAAACUAUUCACUAUGUUUAUCAAGAGGAUAUAAAACAAGGUCAGUACCAAGAAAACAUGCGAGAAAUAAAGUCUGAACAGAAGACCGAGCACGAUCAAAACUCUGAAUACACAAUCAUUCAGCCGGGAAUGCCUCCCACAUGGCAAAGCAUUGCCACACCCGGAUCUACAGUUGCCGACUAUCUUUCGCAUCUCCCAGCAUCGACUUUACCGAUAUCGCUUCAUCACUUUUUAAAGUAUUCAUCGCCUGAAACUACAAGCAACACGAGUAACAAAAGAGAUGUGGAAACAUCGAUGGAGCCGCCUCUGGAUCAGAUCGACCACAAUCAACUACAUCAGCAAGAAGAGGAAUCGCCAUUAUCACCUUCAAAGAGAAAAAAGAAAAAGAAGAUUGUCUACAAGGAGAAAAAACCUAAACCUAAACCGGGUGAGAUACGAUUGACCACAGCGUUGGAUGGUUCCACUUUGUAUUGUUGUCCAGAAUGUCACAUGGCCUAUCCCGACAAAGGACUUUUGGAACAGCAUCUACUUGGGCAUACAAUGGAACGCAGGUUCUUCUGUGACAUUUGCGGAGCCGGGUUGAAACGCAAGGACCAUCUGACGAGACACAAACAGAGCCACAACCCCGACCGUCCGUACGUCUGCACUGUUUGCUGCAAGGCGUUCAAACGCAAGGAGCAACUAACUUUACACUUUGUCAUACAUUCAGGAGAGAAGCGCCAUGUUUGUCCAGAGUGUGGAAAAGGGUUCUACAGAAAAGACCACUUACGCAAGCACACACGCAGCCACAUUGCUCGGCGUGUCAAGGCGGAGCUGAACCAACACGGGGGUCCUGCACAAGGUGGAUCCUGAGGUAGGGGAGGGGGUAAUCCCCCGCAGUCGGCUGAGAUGGCAGCGUUCGUGGCCGCUGCGAGAGAGGCAUUCUAAACCACUCCAGGUGCCGUAGGCUACAUAAACUAGUGCCAUUCAUGAGGGUUGUUUGAAAAGUUUGGUCCAGUUUACAGUUAAACUGUGAAAAUAUUAAGUGUCCAUGUUUAACUCUUGACAUAUCUUGGAUGUUAAACGUGAUAAUUUGAAUGCCUACUGUUGCUGUGAGCCUUAUUAUUAUUUUAUGGUGUCAAAGACAACUGCGUAGCUCUGAAUUGUGAAGUAAGAUCAGUACACAAUUUCUUCUUCAGCUAGCUUCUAGAGAUUAUUCAAGUUGUUAAACAACUUUAAUUUCAAUUUCUGUUUUAGUUUUAUCUGAAACAAAACAAAAGAUCUCUCUGCACAGAGCUAAAUUAAAUGCUUUGCUCGCUGUGAA